AUGACUGAACGAGUCAAACAAUUUCUUAAAACCUACUUUUUGUCAAGUGAUAUAGACAAAAAAAAUCGAUUUACUGCUUCUACAAUGCUUGAAGAAUUGCAAAAAAAAGUAGAAACGGGUGAGCUAGAAGCAGACGAAAUACCAAAAAUAAAGACAGUAGAAAAUUGGAUAACACGAUACAAUCAAGAGCAUAGAAAAGAAUUAGCGAUAAAAGAAUUAUAUAUUCCAAUAGAAA